AUGCCAUGGGAUGAUGACGUGACAGCCUAUGCACAAAAUUAUGCCAAUCAGAGGAUGAGAAACUGUAACCUCAUACACUCACAGGACGAUCUGUAUAGCGAGAACAUCGCCAUUCGGAAUGGUGACUGCACCGGAAAGGCGGCCGUGGACCUUUGGGUGCAAGAGAAGGCAGAUUAUGACUAUAAUUCCAACAAUUGCACUGAAUGGAAGAUGUGUGGACACUAUACUCAGGUGGUUUGGCGUGAGUCGGUUCGCCUCGGGUGUGCUAGGGUUCAAUGCAACAAUAGCUGGUGGUUUGUGACUUGCAACUAUGAUCCCCCGGGUAAUUACAUUGGGCGGCGUCCAUAUUAA